AUGACAACACAUUCACAUCAAGGUGGAAAAGUAUUUGGUCAGUUGAAGAAACAACAAGAGAAUGACUUGGAUUCCAUAUCAGCUGAAUUCCCUGAAGUAGAGGAGGCAUUGAUUCAAAAGUAUAAAGAACAAUUUAUGGCCUACGAUGUCAACAAUAGUGGUGAUAUCGACAUGAUGGAGUUGAAGUUGAUGUUGGAGAGAGUUGGACAAACCAAGACACAUUUGGAACUCAAAAAGAUGAUGGCCGAAGUAUCUAGCAACGGUGAAACCAUCACAUUUAGAGACUUUCUUGUUAUGAUGACUGGCAAGAAGAGUUCAAUCCUUCAAAAGAUUUUAAUGUUUGAAGAGAUGACCAAGAAACCAGAAACACCAAAAGGUCCACCACCAAAGAAAUCAAUUACUGAUUUUUUCAAUAAGAUUAAAAAGAGAUAA